CACAUCUCGCAAUGCCACGAGAAAUGUACUCGUCACACUGAUGAUACUUCAUUCUUCGGCAUUUCCCAAAGCCCGUCAUUCCCAGUAACAUGUACGGGACAGUGACGAAGAUAUUACCACGACCAGCAUCUCAUCUAGCGGCGACCAAUUGUCAUAUAUGAACGCCAGAGAAGCGUUCACUUGGUAAGGUCUAUUUUAUUUCUCACGUCUAUAGGCAUAUCAUUCCAGUGCAGCAGCAGCAUCGCAUCGUGAACAUCCAGAGGUUACCCAAAUUCCUCAUUUACGCACAAGAAACCCUUCGAAGAUCCACCAUCAUCAUGGCUCUCUCCUUGCCCACCGCCCGUUACCUAGGCGCCGGCUCCUUCGUCUACAACUUCAUCGCCCAACAAUACGGCCUCAACUCCACUCCCAACAUGAAAGACAUCCACGACCGAAACCUCUCCUUCUUCUCCCCGCAACCCUACUUCAUCGGAGGCUUCUUCGCCUGCCAGACCGUCGUCCAACUCGCCUGGCUCUACAAGCUCUGGCGGCUCAACAAGAACAACCCGGCGGAGAAGAAGGAACUCGACACGAUCGUGAAGUUCGUGCCCUACUACGCCCUGGGAAACUUCUGCAUCGGCACCUGGAUGUUCUUCUGGAACGCGGAACACCUCAAGAUCGCCGAUAUCUUCGUCGUCGUGAACACCACCGCCCAACUCUUCUACGUCUUCGCCCAGCAGGAGCCCAUGGACACGCGCUCCUGGGGGAGCAUCCUCACGCACAUCAACUCCAAGACUUUCGCGGGCAUCGGAAUUCUGGACAUCGUUCACAAUACAUCCGUGGCGUUCUUCAAGAACCAGCAUCCUUCUAACUUUGUCAAGAUCGCGACGGCCCUGGGGUUUGCGGGACUCAGCGCCGGCAGCGAUUGGAUUUUCGGCGGUUGUUUGGUCUAUGAUUUGAUUGCUCUCAGUAUCGGGCAGUCUGAUUACGGCGACAAGAGCUGGAGCCGGCUUCUGGGAUUCUAUGCGAUCGGUAGUGCUGCUAUCGUCGCUGCGCGCAAUCUUCUCAGGUAAGGGUGUGGAAGAAAGACUUUCGAUUUGAAGGGCUCGCAUUUGUUAUGUUUAACACUCUUUUCAUUCCUGUUUUUUUUUGGAUUCGAAUGCUCUUCCCGCGCGUGGGUGUUUCGUGUGGAAGAUUGAUCGAAUGACUGAAUGCUGAUGGGUCGUGUGUUGCUUUACAGACCACCAUAUGUGCAAGAGGGCUAUGUCGCAGCCGAGCAGGAUGAUGUUGACGAACAGGUGUGAUGUCGAAGUUAUAUAAUGAGCUCUUGGGAUUCGAGAUCGGUGUCUUACUUCUUUCAAUGUAUCAGUGAUCAUUAGCAUGUACCAUACUAUUACCAAUGCUUUUCUGAAGUCAUCAGCACUGGUCGUC